AUGGUUGGGGAAUCCAUGUUCGUCCUCAUCCACGAGCGAAUGCCACAUUUCAAAGCUUGCAUUGUACAGGGCUUUGCAGGCAACUGCUAUUCCUGUGAUAUUCGUGCCGAAUCAUGUGCUUCGUUUUCCGAUUAUAUCGAUUGGCACUUGAUCUCAUUACGUCCUUCGAGUCUGGCUCGUGUUAUUGGCGUCAUAAAUUCGUUGAGCCCCACCAAAUUGGAGAGAAUGCGUGCUCAAAUCAGGAAGAUCUUCGUGGAGUUCUCGUCCUUGGAAGGUGUUGUCAAUACGACCAUGCGCGUUUUGGAAUCUAGAAUGCUCCCGAUCAAAGCACGUUCUUACGAGCAAUGUAACAUGAUGCCAGAAAGGCCAAUCUCAUUACCUCAUCUUGAACCGGCACCUCAAUUAUUAAUGGUGGUUUGGUCCGACUCGGUGAAUGCUGUCUAUACCCAGCAGGAUCUACGACAGCUUGCGCCAUCUCAGCUGAUAUCAUCGGUUACUGUCAUUUGGCGAGAUGAUGACAAUGCUCCUUCACACGAUGGCUGA